GUGAUAUUCAUCACUCGUCUGAAUCUCAGCACACUUGUCUCUGCAUUUGCUUAUCUAGGUAGCUGCUGCUGUUGCUCGUACCGUCUCGCGCCCACUGCUCUCCAACACCUGUUCGAUGAAGAAAGCCUCAACAGACCCCGAUAUAGCUGCCCGAGCGAAUGGACUCUCCGAUCGGCCGGAUACUGAGCUUCGCGACCUGCCGCCCUUGAACAAGCACGAGCGCGCCGCCGCAACUACUUCUACCACCUCCACAACCACCACCACCACCACCACCACCACCGCCAAAGCCACUCCAAACGACCAGACCAACAGCCGCAAUGGCGCUCGCAGCACCGAUGCUCCCAGCGCCGACGAAAAGCCUGGCCGCCGCUCGCUCAAGUCCGCAUUCGCCAAGAAGCGCGCGUCAGCGCCAUCCGCGCAGGAUGAGAGGCAGGGGCCUAUCAAGAAGAAGCGCACCUUUGUCCAGGAGUUUCGCAGGAGCUUCUGGCUGGUCCUCACCCACAGCUGGUUCAAUGUCCUGUUGGUCUUUGUGCCCGUCGGCAUCGUCGUCGCCAAUGUUGGCAACGUCAACAGCGGCAUCGUCUUCGCUAUGAACUGCAUUGCCGUGAUCCCCCUCGCCGGCCUCCUCAGCUUCGCGACCGAGUCGGUGGCCCUCAAGAUGGGCGACGCCCUUGGCGCCCUGCUCAACGUGACGUUUGGUAACGCCGUGGAAUUGAUCAUCUUCAUCAUUGCCCUGGUCAAGAAUGAGAUUCGUAUCGUCCAAGCGUCUCUGCUGGGUUCCAUCCUGGCCAAUCUGCUUCUCAUUUUGGGAAUGGGCUUCUUCCUCGGUGGUCUGCGCUUCCGGGAGCAGGUCUACAACAGCACCGUGACGCAGAUGAGCGCCUGUCUUCUUAGUUUGAGUGUCAUCAGUCUGGUUUUGCCCACGGCAUUUCACGCCUCCUUCAGCGACCCCAAUCUGGCUGACCACGAGUCGCUCAAGAUCAGUCGCGGCACUAGCGUUCUCAAGUCGCACGCAUAUCUGUACGAGUCCACUCCGCAAAAUAUCGUCGAUGCCGAAUCCGUUCCUGGCCCCGCCGCUGCCUGGCUGGAGACUUCCAGCUCCGAUUCCAGCUCGUCUGAAAGCUCCGACUCUGACGACUCGAGUCAUUCGCGGGAUACAGUUCGCCGCGCGAUGAGAAAGGUCCUUCGCCAUGGGCGCAGGAGAAAGUCGUCCGUGGCGUCUGUCGAGACUGGUGACCUCCAGCCUACUAGGACAUCGUCUUUUGGCACCACAACCACCAGUCCCCAGGAAGAGUCUUCUGAAGCUUCUACCUCGCGCCCGCAGUUUCCUAGGUUGUCGUCUGUGGAAACGAACGAAGAGGCUGUCGAGGACGAAGAGAGGUCGCAUCACAAGCACAGGCGAUCCAGCAUCCGGCAGAUGCGCAAGAAGUACAAGAAGCAUCGCCGUCACCACCGCCAUCGUGAUGCCGACGGCGACGCUCAGCAGGCAAUCAGCGAGCAGCCCGAGCAGUCUCAGACUCGCGACGGGGACGGAGAGCCUCGCCGCGUCGACUUUGCCAUUCAGAACGCGCCAACUGCGGAUAGCGGCAACGAAACGUCCAAGCGGCCAUUCCCUGGCCUACGAUCCAUGUCUGUCAAGAACCUGGCGCCCCCAGUCUUUGCCCAGAAGCCCGAUGUAUUGGCUUCCAUGGCCGCGGGUCCGGUUCCACGCGUCCGCUAUGGCAUUCGACGCACCAACUCUCUUCCCGACAGGUUGAACCAUCAGAUGCGACCCCCCGGUGCCCUCUUCCCGGCUCAGGUGCCACUGGUCGCCUUGACGGCGAGUGGCCUCGAUGAGGAAGAGGAGGGCGAGCACCUGACGCAGUCGGCAGCCGUUAUCCUCUUGCUUUUGACGACUGGCCUUGUCGCGGCAUGUGCCGAGUUUCUGAUUGGCUCUAUCCAAGACGUCGUCGCCACGUCGAGCGUCGGCGAGAUCUUCAUCGGUCUCAUUGUCCUGCCCAUUGUGGGCAAUGCGGCGGAGCACGUCACGGCCGUAACCGUGGCGAUGAAGAACAAGAUGGAUCUCGCGAUUGGCGUUGCUAUUGGCAGCUCCAUCCAGAUUGCCAUCUUUGUCACGCCGCUGGUUGUCAUCCUGGGCUGGAUCAUGGACAAGGAGAUGACGCUGUACUUUACGCUCUUUGAGACGGUGUGCCUGUUUGUGUCCACGUUCAUGGUCAACUUUCUGGUCCUGGACGGCCGGAGCAACUACCUCGAGGGAGCUCUGCUGUGUGCAGUGUACUGCAUCAUUGGCGUGGUCGCCUUCUUUUAUCCUGACGAAGCCGACGCCAGUUCGUGGGGUAGUUGA